CGCGAUGUUAAUCGAUACUUUUGAUGCUAUCUUUCUUUUCGUGUUCUAUACGCGGAGAUUUUACAUUGAAAGCCAGUGUCAUGACAAGUAGCACGGCAAGCCAUGCGUGUGUUAUUUGUGGGGACAAUGUGAAAAAUGAAAGUACACCCUUCCACACAAGGAGCUCGCCUUAGAAAUGGCAAUAAGCCGCCGGGAGAUGAUCAGCUCGAUGGCUGUUCAUUGUUUGCAGCCAGUCUACGUCAUCAGACUACAGAGUUCUUCAACAAUUCGACGUUACACGGUGUACGGUACAUUGCGGAGAAGGAAAGACCUUUUUGUGAAAAGUUUAUGUGGUUUAGCUUUACAGCAGUAGGCGCGGUUACGACGUGCAUUAUUAUUGUGAGUCUUUGGGAGAAGUUUCAAACAAAUCCUACGAUCACAGGUUUGGAUACAGAUUUCCACAACUGGGACGUCCCUUUUCCAGCGGUUACAAUUUGUGAUUUGAACCCUGUUGACGAUGAAUUACUUCAGGAAUACAUUACAAACACAUGGGGUGAAGAGUCCCCGGAACGAGCGGCCGACAUGUUACGAUGGUUGGCGACGCUCAGUUAUCAUACCAUGGGCGAAGUGUCCGAGUACCUCGAAGAUGAAAACCUUGUCGGCAAAUCUGGUGCUGAAGCUCCUGGGAUAAACCAAAAGGAAGCAGUAUUCAGUAUCGUACGCCGUUGCGAAAGUCUGUUCUACGAUUGUGAAUGGAAGGGAGAUUCUGAGGAGUGCUGCGAUUUGUUGGUGCCUGUGUUUACGGAGAUGGGAUUCUGCUAUGCAUUCAACUCACGCCACGCCGAGAAGAUCUGGCCUUGGCAAACUCAAAUUUUAUCGGAGCAGUUUACCGAAGCGUUCAUCCAUGAGACAGAUGCGAAAUGGUCUUUCUUAUUCAACUCGUACCGUAAUGACACUAAUAUCGACAUAUACAUCCACUCGACCGAAGAAAUGGCGGGUCUAGAACAAAGCGCCCAGCACACUUGGGACCGUCGCGUAGAAAAGGUUUCCUUCUCCGUGAAGCACACAUACACAACGGAGGACGCCCGCCAGUUGUCCAUAAGGCAGAGACGGUGUAUCUUCGCUGAUGAGCAGAAGUUGGAGACGUCCAGCAUCUAUACGUACUCCGCCUGCAUGAGACAGUGCAGGAUGCAGAGAUGUCGCUCUUAUUGCAAGUGUGUGCCGCACUUUUACCCGGCUGUCAAGGGUUACAGGCAGUGCACCAUAAAGGAGCUGAAGUGCAUAGCGGAACACGAGGCCGCCAUUACGGACGUGACGCGGUGUUCCUGCGAGCUGGGCUGUUCCCAUACCGUUUACGAAGUGGAGAAACUCACUGAGAUUGAUUCAAUGAAGACGGCAGGCACGACCACCUCGCUGGAGACGGAAUUCGUGUCAUGGCCCAUGGUGCGUUACAAACGCGAAGUGUUGUUCGGCUGGGUCGAUUUGUUGGUGUCAUUCGGAGGUAUAGCUGGACUCUUCCUUGGAUUCUCUCUCCUAUCUGGCGUGGAGCUGAUCUACUACUUCACCUUGCGCGCGUGCUGCGCCGCGGUCCGUGAUGCUGACACGUUGCGGCGGGAAACUGCUGAAAGAUUGGCUCAGCCCAAACCACCUCAUGACCUUAGCCUUGUGCCAUGGUGGAAGCAGCCUCCAGCCCCGCGAACCCCAAAGCCUCUGUUGGUGAGGCCGAAAGACCAGCCGCCGCAGUACUCGCCACCGCCCGGAUACACUUCAUACCUGCCUUAAAUCAUAGAGGUAGACUUCAUUUCUACGUUGCACUUGGUCGUUCUGCGUUGCAAUGACGUCCGUCGACGUGUCAACGCAGAAAUAGUAUGGAGUUUUGACGUACGUCCACUCACGUGACGUACACAACGGAGUGGCAACGUGCUGCGUCGUCACAAAAGAGCACGACGUAGGAAUGGGACAUGGCUCUCAGACUUUGUGUAUACAAUGACUGUGAUCUUAUCACGGAGUAUUUUAACUAUUCAUUGCUUAUUAUAUCGUGCUGCAAAUUAAUCAUAUUAAAAUUAUUU